AUGACCAAACCCGUCGCCCUCGUCGUCGGCGCAUCACGCGGCAUCGGCCGCCAAGUAGCAAUUGACCUCGCCAAAAACAACUACACCGUCGUCGUCGCCGCAAAAUCAACAUCCGACCCCCAAGCCUCCCCCUUCCCACCGGACCCAAACUCCCCAGCCAGCACAUUAACCACCGUCGCCCGGGAAAUCACAUCCUCUGCCGGCGACGCCCUCGCCAUCCCCGUAGACGUCCGCCACGAAGACAGCAUCAACAACCUCAUCACCACCAUUAUAUCCAAAUACGGCCGUAUAGACCUCCUGGUCUACAACUCCGGCGCAAUAUACUGGUCCUCCGUGGCAAACACCCCCCUCAAACGCUUCCAGCUCAUGCAGCGCGUCAAUCCAGAGGGUCUAUACGCCGUCGUGCAGGCAUGUCUGCCGCACUUUUCGCCCGCUGCACGCAUCGUAGUCGUCAGUCCACCUAUAUAUAGCCGCUUUUUCCGCGGAAAGACAGCCUAUGCGAUGGGCAAGGUGGGCAUGAGUGUGCUGACCAAGGGACUGGGGAUGGAUUUUGUGCGUGAGGGAAAAGUUGGUUCUGGGAUGGCCAUUUCUAGUAUUUGGCCUGCAGUGGCCAUCGAGUCAGCGGCAACGCAGCACUUCUCAGGGGAAGAAGAGCGCGUAGACCUAAGAAAGGCCACUAUUUUUAGUGACGCCAUAUUGGGGAUCAUUAGGGCGCCAGCAGAAAAAGUCAACGGGGAGUUAUUCCUUGAUGAAGAUUUCCUAAGGGACUUUUGUGGCGUGACUGAUUUUUCGGGGUAUUCCGUCGUGGAAGGCGCGUCACCAAGGAGGAUUAUGCCAGCUGUAUUACCAGAUUUGAGAGUCGCAGAACAGGAUGAUGAAGGGAGGAGGAUAGAUCUUGCAAAGGCAAAGAUGUGA